UCCUCCUCCACCAACACCAUUAUCUACUAUAAUCAAAUGACUACAUAUCCUCUUCCUCUGCCAGUCAUCCCUAUUUAUAAGUAAAACAUCAGCUUCCAUACAUCAACACUCAUUUACAUUUAUUACAACCAAUAUUAAAGAAAUAAAUAUUAAGAAUAUUGCAAAACAUGAACUCAAACCAAAUAUAUCCAUAAGACUAGUGAGUAUGGGUCCUUAAGAGGGUGGAGAAGGCUAAGGUGCUGUUUGUUUUUUAUCUGCAGAUCUGCGUGAGCUCUUCUGUCUGCGCUGUGCAGAUCACGCGCAGACAUAGGACUUUGCAGUGUGUUUGUUUUUUAGAAGUCCGCAGACAUAAAAACGUCCGCACGUGGUCUUCUUGGUGCAGACUUGGCCUUAUGUCUUCUCACCUCUUCACGCCUAAACAAAACCUAAAAACCAAAAAAAAAAUGAUACGCUCUCAAUAAAUCGUCGCUUCUCUCGUUCUCAACUAUCACCGCCUCCCUUCUUCAUCAUUCAUCGUCUUCUUCCUACCCUUUCUUCCGUCUCCGUCCUCCUCUUCCUUUCGCCGACGACCAGAACAACUACCAUCUAUAACCAUCAACGACCAGAACUUGUGUCGUCCAGAUCUUCUCCCGUCGACUUCAGGAUCUUCAAAACAACCGCUUCCUCUGGUGUGUACAAUCGAGCCGGUGUCGUCCCGUGAUUCGGAGAAAACCUGAAACACAUAACACAAAACAAUGUAAGCACGAAGCUUAGUGAGUUCCCCAAAAUACCACUAUAACACAUAUUAGCCACUCAAGGCUAUAACUCUGUUGACCUUCUGGUCAGUGUGUCUCAGUGGGACCCUCCAUCCCAACUCUCGGUGGGCCCUUUGGCCCUAACUCUAUGGACCCAAAGGUCCUAACUCUGAGAACUCUGAAUCACAUAUCAUAAUAAAUCUCAACACAUAAAUAACAUACAAAUACACUGGCACAUAAUUCUAAAAAUACUACAUAUAACAUAUAUUAGCCACUCGAGGCUAUAACUCUAUGGGCCCUUGGGCCCUAACUCUGCGGACCCUCUGGUCCUAGCUCUGUGGACCUUCCGGUCCUAACUCUGAUAUACACACAUCAUAAAUCACAUAGAAAUAAUGCGAUGCCACACAUCACAUAGAUAGCAUAUAAUAUCUCUAUCACAUAACUUUGUUACCACUCUAGGUAAAGUAUAGUGAGAAGACUCACCUGCUACUGCCGACUGAAGAACAGUCCACGCUGCUCCGACCAACGUCACAAACUCCACCACUGAAUCACCGAAACCAAUAAUCACCAAUAACAACCAAAAUACUCCUGGAAGUCAACUGGUCAACUCUUGGUCAAAGUCAAAGUCCUCAGUCAAAGUCAACCCUCCUGGUUGACCCUACUCGCCGAGUCAACCCGUUGACUCGUCAAGUCCCCAUGCUCAGAACUUCCCCAAACCGCGACUCAACUCGCCGAGUCUCACAACUCUGAGUCCCCUCCCACUCAACUCACCGAGUCCUCCCUUGACUCACCGAUUCACGGCUCAACCAGAAGAAGGUUAGGACCUCACGACCAGACUCGCCGAGUCCAAGAACAGACUCGCCGAGUCCAAGGCUAUCUUCAACCAACUCGCCGAGUUGUUCUUCCAACUCGCCGAGUUCCUGCCCAUCUUCAAGCAACUUGCCGAGUACACCUUUGUGACUCGCUGAGUACCUCUAGAUCUUAAUCCAUACAGAAGCUUUCCAGGCCAUGAAAAUGAUCCAAACCAUAGAUCUACCCUUCUACAACCCAUCCAUCACGUAAAGUGGCAAACUUUAUGUGAAUCCAAAGAGAUAUAAGCAUAUAAAACUCGAGGGUUAGGGUUUGGGACAAGAUGGCUUCACCAAUCACUCAAGAACAAGGACUUUAAUGCACUCUAGACCCUCUCCAUUCCAGAUCUGAGGUAGCAACCUCAGAUCUAACCUCCAACUCAAACACCACAUGCUAUCUUUUCCAAAAACUUCAAAAUGAAGAAUAAAAGCCCAAGCAACGAAAUAAUACCUCAAGAGGAAACUCCAACAGAAGAGAAAUCUGAAUCCUAGCAAAGCCCCUUGCUCCAAGCCUCUUAACUCUCCAAGAUCUCUUCCAAAAUCUCUUCUCCAAGGUUCAAAUGCUCUCAAACCACUCACAAAUGCUCCUUAGGGUUUUCUGGACUUCAAGAGAGGGUAAGGAGGCUGGGGAGAGGGUAUAAUGUCCUUUAUAUAGGGCUCAUCCUCCGAAAUUAGGUUUUUCUCCACACAGCACCAACUCGUUGAGUCUAGCCACCGACUCGCCGAGUUGGCCACUUAACACGCGACCAGAAUCGCGACCCUACUCGCUGAGUCCACCCAUGGACUCGCCGAGUUGCUCUUUCACAUUUACACUUUGAACCCUGAAUUUGCACUCCUGAACUCGGGAUGUUACAAUUCUCCCCCCACUUAAAUUAGGCUUCGUCCUCGAAGCUUGCGGCACACAACUCCAGAACUACUCUCGCAAUGCACCUCCUGGCAUUAACCAAACCAGGUUCCUUCAAACAUUGUUACCAAACCCCUAUAAGGUCUGACUCCUUCUCACAGAGUCGCGACAAUCGAAUCAAGCUGGCAAUCAGCUUCUUUCUCUUAUUACAACCCUUAUUAGCCAAAUGAUUACCCGAUGAUACUUUCAUCACUCCAAAUCACAACAAUCAUUAAGCCCUUACCAAGCUAGAUAUCCCCCUGAACCACCAGAUCCUGACCCGGUGUCGACUGCUGGGACUUAUCCCACUUCCUUUCAGAAUCUAACUCUUUUCCUUCCGUGCUGACAGGAUGACACACCUUGCAGCCUUGAGCAACUCCUAUGAGCUCUCCAUCGAAAUAGCAUACACAUGUUGAGCCUGCUCUACAUCCUUGGUUUGGAAAAACCCGACACACUGACGAUACCAUCGGACAUCCCCAGGAUGAAUUACCACUAUAAACAUAACCUCAAGAUCACAAACAUACUUAAAUCCAAGGCUCUAUUCUUGCAUCUCCUUCCGAACUCCUCUGGUUAUAAACCAUCGGAGAUUCUUCCGCAACCUCAACAGAUACCCAACCCGGAUGUGCUUCCAUACCACUGGCACAGACACAGUGUUCAACCACCAUACUCCAAAUCAUCCAUUCUCACUACUGCUUUCACUUCCGUGAACUAACACUCCCUCCCGGGGUUACAUACCUUUCUCUUUCCUUACCCAAGGAAAUCUACUUGUCAACCUUACCACUACUCCAUGUAUCACACAUGUUCUGGAUCUGCUCGUAAGGACUCUUGGGUCCAUUCGCUACCUCACCCCAGCAAAUGGGGGGGGGGGGGUCCGACACCUCCUCCUAUACAUCAGCUCAAAAGGUGGCAUACCAAUGCUCGAAUGAUGGCUAUUGUAUAGAAAACUCGGCCAAGAGUAAAUACGUGCCCCAACUCCCUCCGAAUUUAAUACACAUGCCUGAAGCAUGUCCUCGAGCGUCUGAAUCGUCCGCUCACUCUGAAGUGUCCUCAGAUAUCACCAUGACAAACUCUAGCUCAUUUCUCAUCUCCCACUUCGAUACUGAGUACCAGUUCAGCUUUUGACUCCACAGCUGAACCCCCAAAGAUCACCUAUAACGUGAUCCAAAAUAUCUCACUAGCUUCCUCCCCGUGACCAUAAUCCCGGCCCAGUGACUCACAAGUCACGAAAUUCUCUUUUCCUCAUAUGAAAAAAAAAUACAAUCCAACCGAGGAUCGACUCAACUCUGACCCCCAGUUCCGCCCUUGGUUCAACCACCAGGCUCCAAAACUCUAUACUAAGGCUGCUCAAGCCUAAAACUCUUCUGCAUCAAACACUGAUAGGGGAACACCCCAACAUCACACUCUCUUGCCGUCUAGUGAGUAUUAUGGCUCCUCGCAAUAACACGACGACCUCUGACUAGUGAGUACUACGGCUCCCCGUAGCACCACAACACCAACUGUUAAGUGGGUACUACGGCUCCCCGUAGUACCACGACUCCCUCUCUCUAACUUGUGAAUACUACGGCUCCUCGUAGCAUCACAACACCCUCUGACUAGUGAAUACUACGGCUCCCCGUAGCUUCACCCCAUACUCUCAACUCAUCCCAACGCCACACUAUGGCCACUCACUCAUGCCCGUAGAUUAUCAUAGAUAGCUACACAUACACACACUUGUCCCACAUAUGCAACACAGACUCUGGCGGCAACCACUGUAACAAAAUUACUUACCUCUGUGGAGAUCCAUCUUUUAAAAUAAUCCCUCUUUCUGUCAAUACUCGAAGGGCUCCCACUGGAACCGUAGAUACAUGAUAUACCAUUGGUCGUCUCAAACUCAAGGCUCUAAAUAACUCUGAAAUCGGGACAUUAUUCCCGGCCACCACGGAUCACCAUUACGGACAUCACGAUAUCCUGCCUCAAACACUGCUCUCCUACUCCCAGCACCAUACAAAUACAACAAUUCAUUUCCUCUGAACUCCAUAAAUAAUUCUCCGUUACCCAAUGUGCAACCUCAGUGUACCCAAACACUCAAUUGGAAACCAAGAAAGCGCUAACGCUUCAGAAUACACUGGUGAUCCUCCGAAACCCUUUUCCCUUACUGCUCAAAAUCCACGCAAGAAAUACACACACCAGCCUAGAAAUUGGCCGCUCGAUAAUCCCCUAUCCAUCCAAAUAGGGACAUAUGCAAUCCAUACUUCGACCCAGAAAUUCUUAACUGCCCGCACCACCAUUACGAGUCUUCCCCUUGAAACGGACUUGGUCACCACCAGAUUCCUGUAUCCAACCCCUAACCUCUCUUGCACAAUCUCUGGUUCCCUCAAUAAAAUACCCGGUUCUCCCCCACUUAGGGUUUGAACCAACACCAAAUGACGCACAACCAUCCCACAGACUGUUUCCAUUAGCAAUAUCACACCUGCCCUCGGAAGGUGCCACACGUCGUCCAAUGAUCUCCCCCACUUAGAGAUCAAGAAACUUUAAAUACCCUAAAUCUCCAAAGAAAUCCUCAGGGAUUCUCAUCGCGACUGUCUCUAGCCAUUCGAAGCCUCAUACCAUUCCAAUACCGAAUACCUCAACUGUCCAGUAAGAUCACUGACUCUUAGACUGAAACCAUAACUCAGCGUACUCCUCGCUCUCGACUACUCCACCCAAGUUCCAUCACUUGAAUCCUCACAAUAACUGGGACUCCACUCCCAUACUCAAUAUCCAUCAUAGACAGAAGAGCCGCCGCCCUGAUAUACUCAACUGGAUUGCCCACUGAUACUGCUACCACAUGCCCUACUAUACUCAAAUAGGGUGCAACGUGGUCCUUGACCACCUCAGUCCCAACCGACUACAUGCUCACGAUAUAUCCUUACCUCGCGGCAGACAAGCUGCCUGAUACACUGGAGGAAAAUCGACAUAAAUGUUAAUCCGCAGGGUUUUACUCCUAAACCCCAAAACCGAAAUCUCACACCCCUUAUGUUUCUCACUAGGAACGGAAAUAGCACCACUUAGAUCACAGAAGGUGACAUCUCUUCUAUCGGCUGGUUGCUCAACUCAGGCUGUAAUCCUCUAUAACUGCCAUCUCUACUCCUUCCUGAGUCUUGCGACUCCAAUUGGCAUCUCAUCAACAAUCCCUUGGGGCUAACUCGAUUUCCUCAUUACGGGAUACUUCACUAAAACUCGUCCAUCAUGGCCCUCUAGCCCCAUACUCUUUCACCUCCGAUCUCGGUCUAACCAAUCACCACGGGUAACUGGUAGAGCCAAUAACACUAAUUGUCACGGGUCAUGGUACUCGAACCACUACAUCACCUCUCGAUCUGAUGCAAAUCAUGGUAUUCAAACCAUGGAAUCACCUCUCAAUCAGCUACCAAUCAUGGAACCCGAUCCAUGAAAUUACUCCGCAAUUUGCUCCGAUGUAUGGUACUCGAACCAUAACAUCACUCCUCAGUCUGCCACUUAGAACCUUCAGAAUACUCCCUGUAUCGAGUAUGGGUCCUCUGUUUUCGGUAGUACGGGCCCAUACUACCUGCCACAUCUACCCAUACUUUCCACACGGACCAUUCCAGAGUCCCUAAGUAGCUGCUCAACCUUCUCGUUCACUAAUUCUGCCACGCGUGCUUACUCCUCAGUGAAAUGCUCUACUCCGCCAGCGUACUCAUCUGGCUAAGGUCACUCCCACUUCUCCGCCAUCAGCUGCUGAAGAGCUCCUAAUGAUGCUAGCCAUCUACCUCCUGAAUAUCGUCAUAUUCACUUGGUAGAUGACUCCCAUCAUCGAGAGUUCCAUAAAGCACGAUGUAACGACCCGCUCCCGGGGUGAAGAAGGAGAAGAAGAAGGAAGCAAGGAAACGAGUUCUAGUGCCAAGAUCCAAGAUCAAGUGUGAACUUAUUCAGCCGAGGAGAUUCAGGAGCAGCAGCCGGUAGUUUUCAGACACACACACACUCAGCCGCCAGUUUACGAGAAUGGUGGUUUUGCGUUCGAGACCAGCAGCCGGCAGCGGAGGUGCCGGGGAGGGAUCAGGUUCAGGCUCAGGGGAUGAGCGCAUGGAUGAGCAGACCCGAGAGUUUCUUUCUUCGGAGAUUACGCGCAUCAUUAUAGAGCAGACUCCUGUGAUCUUCGGUUCGAUCAAGGAGGGGAUUCUAGAGUUGAUGGAUGAGAGACUGGGCACCUUCUGUGCUGAGGUGGCGGCCAUGAUGGGGUCGCGCACCCUUACCUUCAGGGAGUUCAGGGCAUGUGGAGCCCCGGACUAUCAUGGGGCGCGGGACCCCAUAGCGAGCACCAGAUGGUUGGCAGAUGUGGCCAACGCUUUCCGUUCUAGCAGAUGUCCCGAGGGGGACAAGGUCAGAUUGGCGUCCUGUCUUCUGAAGGACAGGGCACGAGAUUGGUGGGAGGAGGUCGGGCAUGCUAUUGGGGACGAUGCAGCAUUGGACGCUAUGACCUGGGUUGACUUCUCUACCAGGUUCAGGGCGGAGUUUGCACCGGUCAUUGAGGUGCAACAGCUAGCUAGGGAGUUUCAGGACCUCACCCAGACUACAGAGACAGUGGCGGAGAUCACCGCCAAGUUCAGGGAGAGGGCUCUUCUCGUUCCUCAGUAUGUAGCUGAUGAGGAAAUGAAGAAGGCCCGCUAUCAUGAGAUGUUGCGGAGCGAUAUCCGCCAGUUUGUGAGUCGGUCCAGCUGUAAAACGCUGGAAGAUAUGAUUGCUAGAGCUCGGGAGAGGGAGAUUGAUCUCGAGAUGGAGAAGAAGAGGAAACCGGAGGCGGUUUCGGGUUCGGGGGGUUCGGGCAAAAAGCCCAGGGUUUCGGAUCAUAGGUCCAGGGGACAGCCGAGCUACGGUCGAUGUGGUAGGUGUGGGAAGGUGCACGAGGGAGCGUGCAAGGCAGGGAGUUCCGGCUGCUUCAAGUGCGGUCGGAUUGGACAUUUGAGUAGGGAUUGUACGUCUCCUGCUACUGUCGUUGCUGCGUCAGACCUGAUUUGCUUUCAGUGCAAUCAGAGGGGACAUAAAAAGUCCCAGUGUCCGAGUUUAGCUUCAGCAGGGAAGGUGGCUGCACCUGCCCCUGCUACCUUGAGGAUUACAGACGGCCGGCAGGGCCGAGCUGAUGCGCCAGUGGCGAAGAGUAGGGCGUUUCAGAUGACAGCAGAGGAGGCGCGAGCGACUCCUGAUGUGGUGACGGGUACUUCAGCAAGCAAAGGGAAGAGCUCGGGAUGAUGGCAUCGCACACACCACCGCCUCAGUUUUAGCCUGGGAUUGAUUUAGAUGUUUUGAUCUGAUGUAGUAUGAUACAGUUCUCCGCAUAGUAUUUUAUUAUGUUUUGGAAUACAUCACGUAUGGUUUUAUUAUAUGAUGCUCUGAUUACAGUCUUGAUUAUAUUAAAACAAAA